AUGAUAUCAAUUUCAAUUCUACUUCUAUUUUUGAACUUGAUAUUUGUAUUUUCUGUACCAAGAAUCGAUCAUGAUAUUCCAAAAUUCAAAAGAGGACGUAAGUUUUUCCAAAUUUAUCUUUAUCAUCUCUUUUUCUUUUUUAAGCCAUCGAGUUGGUCGACGAAGUUGCGCUAACUAAUCCCGAGUCUUUUGAUUAUGAUUUUUCGGAUGAUUUGAGUAAACCAGUAGAUAAACAAGAUUUAUAUGAUCAAUUCAUUGAUCAACUUCCAAUGUUUAAUAUUUUCAAACUUGGACAAGAUCGUGGUGUCACCGAGGUAGUUAGUUAAUAUGUUUUGUGAGAACAAAAUUUUUCUCAAAGGUUCCAAUUGUAACUCGCGCUUGGGAUACCUGGUUCACACCAACUACACCAUCUUCUGGAAUUGAGCCAAAGUUCACUUGGUAUUCUUCAUCUACACAUAAACCAAGGACAACAACGACAUCAGAGCCAGAACCUGAGCCAGAACCAGAAACCACCACAACCACAACCACAACCACAACAACAACCACAGCAAAACCGUUAUUUUUUCUGAAACUCUUUAAAAUACCAUAUUUUUUCAUUUCAGGUUCCGUCGCCCAUUUGCAGCCAAACAACCACCUCCAGUUUUUCGACCAACUCUUCAGACAACAGAAAGUGUGAGUUGAAUAAAGAGGCAAUUUUAGUUUAGCAAAAGACCUGAAGUUUUUUCCAAUUUUCUCUAACAUUUCCUAAUCAUCACACCAUUAUCAAAAUCAUACAUUUUCAGCCUGUGGUCAACCGAGGUCCAGUUUGGCGAAAUGGUGGAGUUGUCACAUUGCCCACAACUGCUCGACCACCAACACCAACUUCAGGGACAAGAAGAGUAUUUUUCACACAAGCACCAACAGUUCCGACUACUGUAGCUCCAACAACAGUGGUAAGUUCGAUUCGAAUAUUCCUGUCCGUUAUAAGAUCAUUCCUGACUUUAUUGAAUUUUCCUGAAAUAACUCCUGAAAAUAAAUAAAGUACAAAGCUCACAAGUGAUGUUCAAAAACAAGGAUAAAAUAUGAAAUGAUGUCAGAAAACACCCAUGAAAACGAUUAGGAUUUUGGAAUUUCAAAGAACAGUAUAUAGAAGUCUGAUCCUUCAAAAAAUAAAUAAUUUCGAAAUAAAAAUAACAAAAAAAACAUUUUAGACUGCUCCACGUCCAGUUACAGUAAUGGGAACUCGAUGGGUUUCUGGACCGAGAAAUCAACCAUCAUUCAAUCAGAAUUGGAAACAACCAAUUCGAACACUUCAAAGAACAUUGCAACGCCCGAUUCCACAAACGUAAAGAAUUCCAAGAGAAAUAAGAAAAAAACUUUAGUUAUAAAAUUUCAGACAUUUGGACCCAAUUUCACGAUCAUUGCCAAAACCAGUUGUUAUUCAAAGUCCUAAAGUUGGCAGAUAUUCAGGUUUGAUUUUGAGAAAAGUGGGGGAGUUAUGACAAAUAAAUAAGGGAAUUAAAGAUUUGAAAAUGAUCUAUAAAUCAUAGAUCCAAGAAUUUGUUCAUGCAUAUUUUAGAUUAGCUUCUUCUACGAGAUUUUCUUCAAACUGAAAUUAUAUUGCGUCAUUAUGAAUAGUAUUUUUUAUCAGGGUUCGAAAGAAAACCAAAAAAAUUAACUCCAAAAAACACAAAAAUUGUUUUCAGGACCAACUUAUAAUUGCCGUGUUCUUAACCCAUACACUGAUGGUCAACCUUCAUCAGAACAUGAUCCAUCUUGUCAAAUGUUGUAUCCUGGAUUAUCAUUGGAUGGCACCUGCAGAUGUUUCUAUAAAGUAAUUUUGCAAAAAAAAAAACUAGAAGAAAAACAUUAUCUGAUAAUUUUCAGGUUGCUGGAAGAGAUGCUCAUGGUUGUGCUACUGGUUUUGUCUAUGCUUGUAGAUCAGUCAGUUUUCGCAGUAUAAGUGUAUGA